CGGGUCACGUGAUGAAACGAGGAAGCGCUCCUGAACGCAACACGGUGGUAGAACUUCGGACAUUUCCACGUCCGAGGGAGUGUUUUGGUGUUGUCGCCAUGACUACAGCAACCCUCGGGCGAUGACGCGGCGUGGGAGCGUGUCCGUCCGGGCCCUCGGUGUGCUCUUGUGUCUGUGCAACGGACUUCUGUCCGGUCGUGGUCGCUCGGUGGCGGGGCCGCGAGCCGCUCAGAGUCUGGACGGUAAAUGGAGUCUGUCGAACGCCAACGGUUCUCUGUCGCUGCCCGCCGAGGUGCCCGGAUGUGUCCACUCGGCUCUGCAGCGACAGGGAUUCAUCCAGGAUCCGUAUUUCAGGUUCAACGAUGUGUCUUACCAGUGGAUCGCUCUUGACAACUGGACGUACGCGACCACAUUUGACGUGUCUGCCCAAGUGAUGAGCAAACAGAAGGUCGUCCUAUCCUUCCACGGCGUCGACACUGUCGCCUCCAUUUGGCUCAACGGCGUCGCCGUAGGCAACACGGACAACAUGUUUCGUAGAUACGACUUCUCGGUCAGACACUUGCUGAGGGACGGGGAGAAUGUGUUGAGGGUCCGUUUACUGUCUCCAGUUCUCUACGCCGCUGAACGGAGGGAAGCUCAUUCCUCCUACAGAGUUCCACCUGAAUGUCCUCCCGAUGUGCAGAGGGGAGUGUGUCACGUCAACUUCAUCAGGAAGGAGCAGAGCUCUUUCGGUUGGGACUGGGGGCCCUCGUUCCCGACCGUCGGUCUGUGGAAAGGAGUUCGACUGGAGGCGUUCGACGUCCUGCAGCUCCUCCAGGUUUCCUCCGUCCCGCUCUACGAUUCCAGCCUCUCCCAGUGGAGAGUCCAGGUCGAGCUUCUCGUGGAUGCGGUUCAGACGACAACGGGCCGAGUGAGUCUCUCCGUACCCGAGUUGGACUCGGAACAAACCCUCCAGACCCGGUUUGUCUCCGGAAAGACCAAGAACACCUUCGUCUUACACAUCAACAGGAGCAGCCAGGUGAAGCUGUGGUGGCCCCACACACACGGUGACCAGCCCGUCUACCAGCUGAAUGUCAGAGGUUUUCAGGGCGGACUUUUAAUCCUGAAUGCAGAGUCCAAGGUGUCUUUCCGCACAGUGGAACUCGUCCAGGAGCCGAUAGUUGGGUCUCCAGGCCUGAGCUUUUAUUUCCGCGUCAACGGGAAGCCGAUUUUCCUCAAAGGCUCCAACUGGAUCCCUGCUCACUCCUUCCAGGACCAGAUCUCCCCUGCUGUCGUGAGGAACUUGCUGCAGUCGGCAGUCGAUGCGAACAUGAACACCCUCAGGGUCUGGGGAGGAGGCGUUUACGAGCAGGACCUUUUCUACAAUAUCUGCGAUGAACUGGGAAUCAUGAUUUGGCAGGACUUCAUGUUCGCCUGUGCCAUGUAUCCCAGCGAUGACGACUUUGUACAGACGGUACGAGAAGAGGUCGUCCAGCAGGUUCGGCGCCUCAAGUCUCACCCGUCUGUGAUAAUCUGGAGUGGGAACAAUGAAAACGAGGCUGCUCUGUCUUCGGACUGGUUCGACAUCCCGGCUUCCCAGAGGCCGACGUACGUCGACGACUAUGUGACGCUGUAUGUGAAUAACAUAAGGAAGAUUGUGCAGGAAGAGGACCAGAGUCGCCCGUUCCUCGUCUCCAGUCCGACCAACGGGGCCGAGUCGCAGCGGGAGGGGUGGGUGGCGGCGGACCCCUACGACCCUCACUACGGGGACACGCAUUUCUACAGCUACCUGGCCGACUGCUGGGACUGGAGGACGUUCCCCCGAACGCGCUUCGCCUCCGAAUACGGCUUCCAGUCGUGGCCUUCCUUCUCCACUCUGAAGCCGGUUUCCUCAGAAGGCGACUGGAGCUACGACAGCGUCUUCGCGUCCCAUCGUCAGCACCACGAGGACGGGAACCGGCAGAUGUUCCUUCAGGCCGCUUUGCACUUCCACCUGCCCAACUCCACAGAUCCUCUGAAGAGAUUCACAGACUCUCUCUACAUCACUCAGGUGAUGCAGGCUCAGUGUGUGAAGACUCAGACAGAGUUUUAUCGGCGAAGUCGCACCGAGGUCGUCGAGGGCAAAGGUCACAUCAUGGGCGCUCUCUAUUGGCAGCUCAACGACAUUUGGCAGGCGCCCUCCUGGUCGUCAAUCGAGUUCGGUGGGAAGUGGAAAAUGCUUCAUUAUUUUGCGCAGGACUUCUUCGCCGCCGUCCUUCCUGUCGGGUUCGAGGACGCAGACACGCUGUUCAUCUACGCCGUCUCAGACCUGAGUCACGACCUCAACCUCAGGGCUGUGGUGACCGUGUACUCGUGGACCCGUCUGGAUCCCAUGUGCACGCUGAGGUCCGACCCGCUGCCGGUUCCCGGAGGAAGCGCCGUGGCCCUUAUGAAACAGCCGGUCGCCGCCCUGCUGGCGGGAUGUGGACGCUGCAGCCGGACCACCUGCCUGCUCACCUUCCACCUGGAGGACGACAGCGGCGGGCGGCGGGGUCCCGUCAACCACCACUUCCUCUGCUCACUCAAAGACGCCGAGGGCCUCCAGAGACCAAACAUCACAGCCACGGUGCAGGAGGCAGAGACCGGCCUCACCGUCACCCUCCGCUCGGCCUCCGUGGCUCCCUUCGUCUGGCUCGACGCCGGAGACGUCGCCGGCCGCUUCAGCGCCAACGGCUUCCUGAUGGUUUCCAGAAACGCGACGGUCGCGUUCACUGCGUGGCGUCCCACCGGCGCCGCGGAACUCUCCAGAUCCCUCACUGUCACGUCUUUAGCCGACGUGUACUGACCCCGAGAGCGGCGCGUCGAGGUUAGUGCGGAGGGCGACGGAUUGGGGAAAGUGGUGACGUUGCGAAUGUGAACAAGCGCAGGCUCGGUUUACUCGUCGGCUACUGAAGGACCAUUUUGACGCGUCUUCAAAAAGACGCACUACGACUGAAGCUGGAGUUUUGACUCCAGCUGUUACUUGGUGCCAAUAUUCCAAACUUAUUUUCAUACCAAACAAAGGACGAAGAAGCAGGGAAACGCUGGGACGUGUUCGACCUUUACUUGAUGCUUUCAUCCACAUUCAAACCAUCAGACAAAUGUGCAAAUACCAAUACAUUUUUAAUAAAGGUGUACACGACGAUCUGGCCGAUAUCA